CUUUCUUUCUUUAUUUCUCUUGUUCAACCUUGUCUCUCUUUCUCUCUCUAGACUAUCUCUCUCUCUAAAGCCAUAAUACCUCACCAGUCACCACCAGUCUUCUACCACCACCUCCACCCUCCAUCUUCUCAAAAAAAGAAAAAAACUUUAAAAAUAAGAAAAGAGAGAAAUAAAAACAAAAGGUGGUAGAUGCAUGAGCCACAAUCACAAUAUCUUUCUCUCUUUUUCUCUUGUUACGGUUGCCACCUUCCCUUCCUUUAAUUCAAAUUCUUCUUCUUCUUCUUCUUGUUUCGUUUUGUUUGGUUUCACUGGUUGAUUUUUCUUGGUCAACCCCAGCGCUUGAGGUCGCCAGCCAACUUCUCUGGUUUGAGGUGGGAGCUGAUAUAGGAGAAAGGGCAUCAGGUGUGUGUUGCAUUGCUUAGGAAAGCUAGUCACAGUUAUGGUGAGCUUAAGAAGGCGCAAACUCCUGGGACUAUGCUCUGGUAGAAAUUCUUUUCUUACCCCACUUCCCAGGUUUUCUGGCAAUGGAAAGACUCCUGCAAAUUCUUCAUUGAACACCAAAUCUAUCAGUGUGCAUCCCAUAUAUUCGGAUGAGAUUAAGCCACCGGAUGGGAAUACAAGUGUCAAGGGAGGACAAGGGUCAACAAAUGUAUCUGAUUGUGGCUCACUAAAAGAGGAGCAUAAUCAGCAAGUCUCAGGGCCACCAAUAAAACGCAGGAAGCGACACAGGAGAAAGAAUUUUCAAAACCAAGAACAAUGUUUGAUGAGGGGUGUCUAUUACAAAAAUAUGAAAUGGCAGGCAGCAAUUAAAGUUGACAAGAAACAAAUCCACUUGGGUACUGUCGGUUCACAAGAAGAGGCUGCUCGCUUGUAUGACAGGGCUGCUUUCAUGUGUGGGAGGGAGCCAAAUUUCGAGCUUUCAGAGGCGGACAAACAGGAGCUGAGACAAUUCAAAUGGGAAGAAUUCCUGGCCAUGACUCGGCAUGCGAUCACCCAUAAAAAGCACAGAAGAAGGAUUGGAACAGAGCCGGAGAAGAGCCCCGAGCCUUCCCCAUUGCAGAAUGAUGAUUCAGACAGCAAGAAUGAAGAAAAUGAUCUCUCUGGUUCAGAAGAUGUGGAGGCAGACAUGUCAGUCUCUUGAGAUUUAUGGUUCAAGAACAAGGCUGAAUAUUCCGGUUCUAACAGUUAAGUUUCUAGUUGAUAGGCCUAAUUUUUUCCAGUGUAUAAAAGACCCUUAUUAUUAGGGUCAGCCAUGGAAGAUUUUAUAGUUGGUAAAGGAACUCCCAAUAAAGAGUUCCAUACCAUAUUACUUAUUCAUAAUAAUUAUAUAUGUUAAUCAUCAGUAUCUCUGCUCCACUUUACUCCUAGGAGUAGCUAUAGGUAUUUUUUCCCCAAAUUUUAGAACUUCUUACUAUUUAUAUUAUGCUCAUGUACUAAACAAUGCCUUCUAAAAAUUGAUUAUGAAAAGACACAUACAUAGAAGGCAUAAUUAACAAUUUAUUAAAUUUUCCUUAAGUUGAUGUUGCA